UGAACUUGUUAAACCCACAGCACGCAGCAUGCGCCAUGGAUCACCGCGUCCGCAUACUUCCUCGGCCAUAACAGGCGAUGCCGAAGCUUUCAGUGACAGCUCCACGGACUUCCAGAGUCUGCAGACACCGCAAAGUGUUCAGUUCGUCACAAAUUCCAAGGUUUUCUAUCCCUUAGACGUCGGGGAGCAGCUCCAAUGGGCACACGAAGGCGAAAUUUACACGUUGAGGAGACAACAGCAGCAAGUUCCGCACUCCCGACCACCGAGAGACCAAAUAUUGUCCACAGCCACGUUGUUGGCCUUGAGUUAUUUCGUAGUAGGCAAUGGGCCCGAGGGAGGAGAAGCCGUGAUAGUGACUGCUGGACCACUAGUUGGUCUGGUAACACUCAUAAUUUUCCCUUUAGUGUAUUUUAUCCCGAUGGGCUUCUUACUCACGGAAUUGGUGAGUGCCAUUCCGGAAGCAGGAGGUCACGCGUACUGGGUCGCAUUGGCAUUUGGACCGGCGUGGGGACUACAAGCCGGUUUUUGGGCCUGGGUGGGGAACUGCAUGCAUUGUGCAGCGUAUGUAUCGAUUGGAGUUAGCGUCAUUUAUCGAGUGUUGGGGUGGGAGGAUAUGCCGGUGUUGGAGUACACGAUGCGAGCGGGGAUUAGUAUGUUACUUGCGCUAGCGAGUUUCUUUCAGUUACGCGUCGUGGGCUACGCCGCUGGAGCGAUUAUCGUGUUUAUCUUGGUACCGUUUGCGGUAGGUUAUUUGAUGUUGGUGGUGUCUUACGUAGUAGCUAAUGUUUGCGGUGCUUAUGCGCAGUUGAUCGCUGUCUGGAGCGCUGUGCGAGCGGAGCAUUGGGAGAAUUUAAGUGUAAUACCUGACGCUACAAUGAAAGCUGAGGACAAGCGCCUGGGGUAUGGGAGUCUUGUUACGGUGCUGGCGUGGAACUUCAACGGCUACCAGAACCUGUCGGUCUUCGCGAAGUGUGUACGAGAUCCCCCUCGAACAUUUCGUCGCGUAAUGUUGAUAUCGCUGGUACUCAUCCCGUUAUCGUAUCUCGUACCAAUUAUCCCUGUUAUCGCACUCGGUGAACCGGACUGGACGAGUUGGACAGGCUCGAGUUCAGCUAUCUACUAUGCAGGGAAACAUCUUGGCGGCUCCAUCUGCAAGGUCUGGAUUACUGUGCUAUCAUUAUUGUGCGACGCUGGACUCUACAUCGGCAGUUUACUCUGCAGCGUCUUCUUGGCAUGUGGCAUGGCCGAGAAGGACUUUGCGCCGUUCUCUCUUCGCUUUUCAGGAAUGGCGUGGCCCAGUGUCCAUGGGAUCGACCACAGCGUCAUCUUCUGCAGCCUCGCUAUCAUUCUCAUAGUUGUGACCACUACGAUCGAAGACAUGAUACUCAUCUCCAACGCCUUGUCUGGACUGGAAACCAUGGCACUUAUCACAGCUGCAGUCAAGCUUCGAGUGACAAUGCCCGAUCUUCCUCGCUCGACUUAUUUAUGCGGAUCAUCACAUGUAUUGCUCAUGACAGCGUCGUUAAUAGUACCGUUCGCGGUGUCAGGGUUUGUGGUGAUCUGGGCGUUCACAGAGCUCAUCCCUGCCGUGUUGACGGGCGUUUUCCUCUUUAGUGGCAUCAUUUACGGCCUCCAAUCCGACCUCAAGGACUUUCAUCACACGUACGAAUCAGUACGUACAAGUAACUAAUAAGCAAAAAAACGAGCAUACUUAAAGGAUAGCUAAAAAUGUAUAAAGUUUUGCUUUU